AUGGAUGCGAUCUUUGGGAAGAAGAGACCAGGAGAACUUUCCUCCCGCGGCAAGUCAAGCCAAGCCGCUGCAAUUCUACAUGCAGAAAAGGGAAAACCAUUCUGGGGGAUUGCGCGAAGAUAUCCCCCGCAAAAUAUGCUCUUGGCCCUCGUGGAGGAGGUGGGCCAUGAGUAUACGUUCGUUAUGAACGGGGCUGCGGGAAAUCGGGCCGAUGACGAUGAGGAUGAGUACUACUCGAGUGAGUAG